AUGCUAGUCGCUUUUCCGAUUAUCUUGACUACCUGCGACUCUUGUAGUGUGGGAAAUGAGGAGCUAUCUAAUGGUUGGGUUUCACCCGCUAUCUACAUUCUCACCAGACUGUGUCUUGUUGUUGCAGCAGUACGCUACGUGCACUCAGCGAUGCCAGAGAACAAUGGGACACUUUUCCAUGACGUUCAAAGGCGCCAGUAG